CUGGAGACAUAACAAUUGUAGGAAACCGGUCGCAGUACGUCGACUUCACACUGCCUUAUACAGAGUCCGGCAUUUCAAUGGUUGUUCCAGUCGAAGAUGAUAAAAGGGGAAACAAAUCGCUAUUUCUUAAGCCGCUGACCAGGAACAUGUGGUUCCUAACCGUAGCUUCUUUUGUUUCAAUUGGGAUUAUGGUUUAUAUUUUUGAGCGUCCGAUAAAUAAAGAAUUCAGGGGGCCCUUAGGGUAUGAAUUGGGAAUGAUAUUCUGGUUUCCCGUCUCCACCGUGUUCUUUGCUCAUAGGGAGAAAGUGGUGAGAAACUCGGCUCGGUUUGUGCUAAUAGUAUGGUUUUUCGCGGUAUUUGUAUUAACCCAAAGCUAUUCCGCCAGCCUUACAUCCAUGUUAACGGUCCAAAAGCUGCAGCCGACGGUUACUGAUAUCAAUGUGCUUAUAAGAAACAAGGAGAAAGUAGGCUACUCACACACAUCAUUUAUUUUCGGAUUUCUUAAAAGCAAAUUCAACGAGUCGCAACUUAUCUCUUUCGACACAUCGGAGCAAAUGGACGAGCUUCUCUCCAAAGGGAGUUCGAAUGGUGGAAUAGCCGCAGCCUUCCAUGAGAUCCCAUAUAUAAAGUUGUUCCUAGGCAAAUACUGUUCAAAGUACAUGUUGGUCGGGCCCACGUACAAGUCUGAUGGCUUCGGAUUCGUGUUCCCGAAAGACUCUCCUCUGAUACCUGAUGUUUCGAGAACAGUUUUGAAUGUGACGGAGGGACAAAAGAUGGUGGAGAUCGAAGAGAGGUGGUUGGGAGACAAGACGAAAUGUGUAGACCCUGACACUUUACUUCGACCAGAAGGUCUCGGCGUAUCAAGCUUCCAGAUUAUCUUUUAUCUUGUAGCAGCAAUUGGACUUGCAACUAUUACAAAAUAUAUACUUGAAUACCGAUGCAAAAAGCCGGAGAUCAAAGAUGACGAACGGCCCGUAAUUCUAGCAAAUAUACAUGAGUUACAUAAGUUGCUGACCAAGUUCAAUAAUAGAAAUUGAAUUAAAGCGAGUGAAUCACCUAACUGCUGGCACAUGUGGGAUUCAUUAAGGUUGUCGUCGCGGGUUUCUGUUAGUGGUAUCCUAAUUUGUAAAUAAAUCUCAUUCAAUGAAUUUCAUUUUUUUUACAAAUAAAAUUCUCUUUGUUGAAAUAAUGUCUUAGGAGGAUUAAAAUUAUUUUCUAGUGAAUAUCUUGUUAGUUAUGUUCUGUUUUCUUUCAUAUUCUAAUCUUGUACAUUUUUAGCUUUUGCUGUAGAUCGGCGCGUUCCAUAAAUGCAGAUAACUUCGAACGUGUAAUAGGAGUUUCACACUACAUUUAUAUUUCUGAUAUGGGCUAUACACAUCAUUAGCACUAAUAAAAUACCGUGA